AAUUAACCCGACAUUUCUAUUAAAAUUAUUUAAAUUUAUAAAAAUCAGUUAUCUGUUGUAAUCAAAAUUUUGAGCAAUGCCUCUUGCCAUCGACACUUACAGUCCAACUGAAAAUCCGGUUGUAACAAGCGAAAAUCGUGAAAAUAGUCUUAUCGAAACAGUGGCUUUCGUGAGCUCAUUCAUUAUGUUUUUGGUGUUUUUCCCGAUUUCGAUAUUUUCAUGUCUGGUUGUAAUGUUGGAAUUUCAAAGAGCGGUUGUAUUUCGUUUGGGACGUCUAAGGAAGGGUGGUCCACGUGGUCCGGGUAUAUUAUUUAUUUUACCUUGCAUAGACUCCAUUGUCACAGUUGAUUUGCGGACUAUAGCAUUCGAUGUGCCGCCACAGGAAGUGCUAACAAGAGAUUCAGUGACAGUUACACUUGAUGCCGUUAUCUACUAUAGAAUUCAUGAUCCACUCAAAGCGGUUAUACAAGUUGAAAAUGUUAUGUCUUCCACAAUGCUGCUGGCCCAGACGACGCUGCGAAAUGUGGCCGGUACAAAAAUGUUGAUGGAGUUACUGGCCGAUAAGGAGGCCAUUUCCAAGGCCAUUGAGGCGAUUUUAGAUGAAGCAACCGAUCCGUGGGGCGUAAAAGUAGAACUUGUAGAAAUCAAAGACGUACGCCUGCCUCAAUCGUUGCAGCGUGCAAUGGCCGCGGAAGCCGAAGCCACGCGGGAGGCUAAAGCGAAAAUUGUCGCUGCGGAAGGUGAAUUUAAUGCCUCGAAAGCACUCAAGCAAGCUUCGGAUAUAAUCGCAAAGAAUCCAAUUGCGCUGCAAUUGAGAUAUUUGCAAACAAUGAAUACAAUAUCUGCUGAACGGAAUACAACAAUUAUAUUUCCCUUCCCGAUUGAGCUGAUGGAUAUUUGAGGUUAUAAAUAAAACGACUAUGUUCAUGAUAUACAUAUGUACACAUAAAAAUGUGAAAGGAUUUCCUUAAUAUAUAAUUUUUGAAGUACUAA